AUGAGAGUUGCCAUUCUCCUAAUUAUUUUUCCACUUGUCUCUACUAAUGUUAGGUCAACGAGCAUAAGCGAAGAGAGCACUGAAGUUGCGAUUUCACGACCAAAACGACAGAUUUAUUACUUGUGCGGAAACUUCCCAAAUCAGUAUCUCAGUUUAACUCCAUGUAACAACAAUGGCUGUAGCACCUGCAACAACUGCAACACAGCCACCUGCAGCACUUCCAGCUACUGCCAGCAGAUUCGCAGUAACUGGAGAUGUGUCAAUGGAUGCUGCAGAGUUCCGAACUACGAGCCGACUCUUCCACCAACCACCACUAGAAAUCCAGUGAACCCGAACCCAGUUUGUGGUGGACGUGAAACUUCUGGAGGAUACUGUAGAUCUGGAAACCUUUGUGGAUCUGGAUACAUGUGUACAGAUAACAAUGUCUGCUGUAGGUGCUCUUAUGGAACUUCUAUUGGUCCAUGUGUGAAUGGCCAAUGCCCGGACAACACCUACUGUUCACCAACAAACAACUGCUGUCCAUAUCUUACAUCGGGAUAA